ACCAAAACCCCAGCUCCAUCCAUCCCAGCCCCGCACCUCCUCUUCUCCCAGCGCCGCCGCCACCGCCACCUCCGCCGCCACACAGCGCGAGCACCCCCGCCUUCUCUCUCGUUCUCGCAGAGGGCUUCAGGCGUCGUAUGUAGGAGAAGAUGGCGCUGGCAAUCUCCAUGGAAGGAAUCGAGGCGCGUGCGCGGGAGCUCGGGGUGGACCUCUCCGCCGUCGAUCUGGACUCCAUCACCCUCCCGGCCGGCGAGGACUUCGGCAUCCUCAGUGAUGAUGAGGAAAUACUUCGGAAUGAGGACCCUCCUGAACUUGAAAUGGGUUUAUCCAACAUUAUUGUAGUGGACAAUCUGCCGGUUGUUCCUCCAGAAAAAUUUGACAAGCUUGAGAAUGUAAUUCGCAAGAUAUACAGCCAAAUUGGAGUGAUAAAAGAAAAUGGUCUAUGGAUGCCGGUAAACCCAGAGACAAAGAAGACUUAUGGCUACUGUUUCAUUGAGUAUAAUACCCCUCAGGAAGCUGAGCUUGCAAGGGAAAAAACCAAUGGGUACAAGCUCGACAAGUCUCAUAUCUUUGCAGUUAAUAUGCUUGAUGACUUUGAGAAAUACAUGAAGGUUCCUGACACGUGGACGCCUGCAGAAAUAAAGCCAUACACUCCUGGAGAAAAUCUUCUGAAAUGGCUAACUGAUGAAAAGGCCCGAGAUCAAUUUGUCAUCCGUGCUGGUACAUUGACAGAAGUUUACUGGAAUGAUGCUAGAAAGCAGGCACCUGAACUUGUGUUUCAAAAGCAGUACUGGACAGACAGUUUCAUUCAGUGGUCCCCUCUUGGAACAUACUUGGCAACGGUUCAUAGGCAGGGGUCACAGGUGUGGGGUGGUGAAAAUGGCUUCGAGCGGUUGAUGCGUUUUGCUCAUCCGAUGGUCAAAUUAAUUGACUUUUCUCCUGGUGAGAGAUAUUUGGUCACAUACAGCAGCCACGAGCCCAGCAACCCUAGAGACACACAUAGGGUUGUCCUAAAUAUCUUUGAUGUAAGGACUGGAAAAGUUAUGCGAGACUUCAAGGGAAGUGCUGAUGAAUUUACCACUGGCGGGAAUGUUGGUGUUUCUGGUGUUUCAUGGCCCAUAUUCAGGUGGGGUGGUGGAAAGGACGAUAAGUAUUUCGCAAGGCUUGGGAAGAACGUAAUAUCGGUCUAUGAAACAGAUACGUUCUCCCUUCUUGACAAGAAGUCAUUGAAGGUAGAAAAUGUAGUGGACUUCAGCUGGUCUCCCACUGAUCCAAUCAUAUCCUUGUUUGUGCCUGAAAUGGGUGGUGGCAACCAGCCAGCAAGGGUGAGCCUUGUGCAAAUUCCAGGCAAAGAGGAACUGCGGCAGAAAAACCUUUUCAGUGUCAGUGACUGCAAGAUGUAUUGGCAGAAUAAUGGAGAAUAUCUUGCUGUCCAGGUUGAUAGAUACACAAAAACAAAGAAGAGCACCUACACUGGAUUUGAGUUGUUUAGAAUUAAGGAGAGAGACAUCCCAAUUGAGGUCCUUGAACUCGAGAAUAAGAAUGACAAGAUCAUUGCAUUUGCCUGGGAACCUAAAGGCCAUCGCUUCGCUAUCAUUCAUGGUGAUGGCCCUAGGCCUGAUGUUAGUUUUUACACCAUGCGAACAGCAAAUAACACUAGCCGUGUGUCGAAGCUCACCACUCUCAAGGCCAAGCAAGCUAACGCGCUGUUUUGGUCUCCUGCUGGUCGCUUCAUUGUUCUUGCUGGGCUGAAGGGAUUCAAUGGACAGCUGGAAUUCUACAAUGUUGAUGAGCUUGAAACAAUGUCAACAGGAGAGCAUUUUAUGGCAACAGACAUAAUGUGGGAUCCUACUGGAAGAUAUCUUGCAACUGCAGUUACCUCAGUCCAUGAAAUGGAGAAUGGAUUUCAAAUAUGGUCUUUCAAUGGCAAGCACCUUUACAAGGUGUCAAAGGAUCACUUCUAUCAGUUUAUUUGGCGGCCAAGACCACCAUCACUUUUGACUCCUGAGAAGGAAGAGGAGAUUUCGAAGAACCUGAAGAAGUACAGUAAGAAAUACGAACAAGAAGACCAGGAUGCGUUCAACCAGCUGAGCGAGCAGGAGCGCAAGAGGCGGACGCAGCUCCAGGAAGAAUGGGACUCGUGGGUUGCCAAGUGGAAGCAGAUGCAUGAGGAGGAGCGUGCAUACAGGAGGGAGCUCAGGGAUGGAGAGGCCAGCGAUGAGGAGGAAGAGUACGAGGCCAAGGAGGUUGAGGUGGAGGAAGUGGUGGACGUCACUGAAGAAGUUCUCGCAUUUGACCUGGAUCAGGAGUGAAAGGCUUAUGAUAGAAUCUGUUGAGUCGCUUUUAGUUUACCGUUGUGUUGAAGUUCAUUGCCGUCGCUUUGCAUAAUAGGCUCGGUGAUCAAGCUCACAGUUUGCUGAUCGUUUUACUUGUCUGUACACUUGCUGCUUGAAUUUGCGGAUCAUGUAUUCAGGUAUCAAAUUUUGCUGCUGGAUUACUAAUCUUUGUCUGGCUUUGCCACAGUUAA